CGGCCCGAAUGCUGGCCAAGCUGCGGACACAUCAUUUGCUCCCUUUUGAUACCUCCCUCCCUCUUUUUCCUUCCCCCCCCCCUCUUCCCUCCCACCACCAUGUCUGAGGCUCCCUACAUCGUUCUCUUCAAGAAGGAGGCCACUGCCGAGGCCAUCCAGAACCUCUAUGCCAGCCACCCCAUCGUGUCCAAGCUUGUCUUCAAGCACAAGUACGACAUGGGUGACUUCCGUGGCUUCGCCGCCAACCUGAGCCCCGAGGCCAAGAACGUCAUCUCCAACCUCCCCGAGGUCCGUGAGAUUGAGGCCGAUGGCGUCAUGACCACCUGCUAAAUGGCAAAUGCGGGACCUGUGUGUCCCCCCUUUGGUGGCCGGGCGUGCGCGCGCGCGCACGUGUAUGUGUGUGAGUCUCUGUGCAUGGCCAUAUGUGUGACAGCACACAUGCCCGGAAGGCCGAGCCACACCGCGGAGCCGCCCCUCCAAUCAAUCACAUAGUGUGAGGACCGGGGCGAGAGGGAGAGCAAGCGUGUAUGCGUGUGCACCCGCGCGCGCGCAGGACCGUUCCCCGCCUCCCUUGUUUCCCCCCUCCCCCCUCACACACACACACGCACACCCCACUUCCUGUGGAUGUGUGUGUCUGGUCGGUAAAUACAAAAAAACAAGCCUG